UCACCAACAGACCUGCUGGGUGUCUGCUUCACCAGAAACUGAAGUGGUUUUGCUAAGCGAAUCGGACUUUCCCCCCCUCUUUUGUUUUGUCUUUUCAAUAGCGUUUGGUUUUCUUUGAUAACUUUAACGGGAAGGUGUCCUUUGACCUGCGAUGAAAACUGGCGCCGUGGCGUACUUAGAGGAUGUUUCGGAAAAGUUUCAGGAGCUUUCUUUGAGGAACCGGUAAAAGGCAGAAACACCCGGAGAUGUAUAAGCUAACCCCCUAGCUUCGCCGCUAGCCAAGAAUCCGAUCAAUAGCUCACAGGGCAGGAUCGAAAAAUGCUAGCAUGCUAACCGCGAGCUAGUUUAGCUUUUGUCGGCUAACCAAUUGACUUUUUUCCAACCUGUAACGUCACAACUACUGUCAGCUAGUCCCCGGGCCUGGGUCCGUACUGCUCAAAGGCCAGCUAACCAAGGAAGAGUUAGUUUGUUUUAAAGGAAAAUAGCAGAGCGGCAUUGUUGAGAGGUGACGUCCGUUCAUCUCUCAGCCUCGACUAGUAAACAUGCUGUCCAACGCUCAGAACCAACCACUCUUUCCAAACCCGGCGGGUCAACAGAACCCGGGUGAGCAGCAAAACCCCACGGGCCAGUUCGUCUCUUUCCACUCUAAACCCACCCUACAAAUUAAGAAGAACGCCAUCACAGACGAGUACAAGGUGACCAACCAGGUGUUGGGGCUGGGCAUCAAUGGAAAAGUGCUGGAAAUCUUCCACAAGAAGACCGGCGACAAGUUUGCGCUGAAGAUGCUUCAGGACUGUCCCAAGGCACGCAGGGAAGCGGAGCUUCACUGGAGGGCAUCACCUUGUGCCAGUAUUGUGCGCAUCAUCGAUGUCUUUGAAAACCUCUAUCAGGGAAGGAAGUGUCUGCUUAUUGUCAUGGAAUGUAUGGACGGUGGUGAGCUUUUCAGUCGAAUUCAGGACAGAGGAGACCAGGCCUUUACAGAAAAAGAGGCAUCCAACAUCAUGAGGCGAAUAGGUGAAGCCAUUCAAUUCUUACACUCCAUCAACAUUGCUCACAGAGACGUCAAGCCUGAGAAUUUACUCUAUUCUUCAAAGAGGCCCAACGCGCUUCUCAAACUCACAGACUUUGGCUUUGCCAAGGAGACCACCUCGCACAACUCUUUGAAUACUCCCUGCUACACACCCUACUAUGCUGCUCCAGAGGUCCUGGGCCCAGAGAAGUAUGACAAGUCAUGCGACAUGUGGUCUUUGGGUGUCAUCAUGUAUAUCCUGCUGUGUGGGUACCCUCCAUUCUAUUCUAACCACGGUUUAGCCAUCUCUCCUGGGAUGAAGAGGAGGAUCAGAAUGGGCCAGUAUGAAUUUCCUAACCCUGAAUGGUCCGAUGUAUCAGAAGAAGCUAAACAACUCAUCAGCACCCUCCUAAAGACCGAGCCCACCCAAAGGAUGACCAUCACUGAGUUCAUGAAUCAUCCUUGGAUUAAUCAAUCAAUGGAGGUUCCCCAGACCCCACUUCACACCAGCAGGGUUUUGAUGGAGGAGAAAGAUGCAUGGGAGGAAGUCAAGGAGGAAAUGACCAGUGCCUUGGCAACAAUGAGGGUCGACUAUGAGCAAAUUAAAAUCAAGACCAUUGCGGACUCGACCAAUCCACUGCUGUCCAAAAGGAGGAAGAAGGCCAGCAGCGGCUUACCAAACCCAGUUUCUGCAGAUCACUGAACAUGACGCAUGCAAACACGUGUUGUGGAAAGAAAGCAAUAAUUUGUCGGCACAAGUCGUACUGCAUGGAUUUUCCUCGGUGUUUUGAUUAUUUUUUCCUUAGCAAAUUCUAAUGUUUUGUAAGAGUGUAUGAUUUUGUUACUCUACCAUUUUAACAAACUCCUCAUUCUGCUUCAGCCGACAGCUGAGUGGAUCUGUGCUUUUAUAAGAGAGACUAUAGAUUACAGAGACGGAGGAUAUGAGAUUAUUAAUCUUUUUCUUAAGUAUCAGGUUUGUACUGAAAGGGGUCUAAAUAUUAAGAUAAAACAGGAAGCCUUAGCCUUGGUUCUGUUUACCUUACAGUUCUGCUCUGACUCCACCCCCUUACCUGUGAAUGUUUUAACAAACGGCUAAACCCCAAAAAUGGAAAGAAUGGAAGGUUUCCUGUUGCGUGCGCGCUAAGUUAGCAGAUGAGUUUGGAACUGACGAGUGGAAUGUAAGGACUCAUCUGGAAGUAGCUGGGGGGGUGCCCAUCAGGUUCACGUUGUCGUGGUGAAUGUUGAACUGAGGCCCGUGGACUUGACGAUGGGGGCCACUCUGAAAUCACCUCAUCGAAGUCCCCCCUCCUCUGUCACGCACACCUUGCUCUUUUCCAGUGAAGCAGUUUUAGGGCAAAGGAAGUGGCUGGCGGUUUUAUUCAAUCCGACUCCUUUCUCUUGCUUGUAGCUCAUCAAAGACGAAGAGCCAAAAAAAUACUGUAUUUUUUUAUUUUUGAUGAAUUUUGCAGAAGUUUUAGCGUAGGUCAUGCUGAGUAAGGCAGGUGACUUUUAAUCCCUUUUUACCUUUUUGGUUCAGGCUACAGAAUGUAGAGAGCAGUCAGAUUUCAGGUUUAUGCUAUGCAGACUUGUUUUCCAGCUUGAAUUCCAGUUGAAACUCUUUAAGGUUGUGAAUUCUUUUGGGGGCACAUCGAGCAACAAAAAGGGCAUUUCUUAGUGUUUUAUGUUAAUCGUCUCAUGAAAUCAGUCUGGCUGUUGGCAGCCGCUGCUGGUCAUACCAGCGCCGGAAUCUGUACGUUCAGUAUUGACUAUUUAGCACUAUUAUUCAACAGUUCUGCAGGUUCUGGAUGAUUAACGGGGAAGUAGGACAUGCUUGGUUGCCCAUUAUGACGGGGUGCAGUCUGACAUAGUACCAGAAUGCUGCCAUCACACUCAAAGGAUACAUCAGUUGGUUCAUCUUCAGUGUUUCUUUUUUAUUGUGUAAUCGAUAUAAAUUGACUUUUUGUUGUUUUUUCCCCCCAGUUUGGUUCACUUUUAUGUGUUUUGCUCACAUCACUUUGUGCUUCACUCCUCAUAUUAUUUCACAAUAAAAAAUGUUCAUUGAAUGGGAUUUCUAUCACACACAUUUUUGUAGUGGAAAUACAGAUCCAUCUGAACUGUUGUCUUUGAGUCUUUUCAGCUCCACCUGUUGUACUUUUGUCUGCUUCUGCUUUGGAAUAAAAACACACAAACUCA